AUGAAUAGAGCUUAUUCUUAUCAUAAACUCUUCUUCCUUCUGUUUGCUAUCUUCUUCUCACAUACUUGUAUCAACUCUUCUAAUACUUCUACAACAGUUCAAGUCGAUCUCUCUUCCAUAAGAUCUUUCUGCAUAACCACCCCAUACCCAGAAGUUUGUUUCAAUUCACUGAAUGUGUCCAUCCCAAUAGACACAAAUCCAAACUCAAACAGCUACUUCCUUCAGUCCCUCCAAGUAGCAAUAUAUGAAACCACUAAGCUGUUAAAUCUCUUCAACAAUGUUAGACCCUCAAACAUCAAAGAGAAGCAAAAAGGAGCAAUUCAAGAUUGCAGGGAACUCCACCAAUCCACAUUGGCUUCUCUAAAAAGAUCACUAUCGGGGAUCAGUUCCUUCAAAAUAACCCUAAUUGAUGCAAGAAUAUACCUCAGUGCAGCCCUGUCCAACAAGAACACAUGCCUAGAAGGCCUAGAUUCUGCUUCUGGUACCAUGAAGCCAGUUCUGGUGAAAUCUGUGGUCAACACUUACAAACAUGUAAGUAAUUCUCUUUCAAUUCUCUCAAACCCUGAGAUGGGGUCUCCUGAAAACCAGUCUUUGGUGGGUGAUUCAAAGUGGCUAUCUAGCACUGACCUAGGGUUCUUUCAAGACUCAGAUGGGGAUGGAUAUGACCCAAAUGAAGUGAUUGUUGUGGCUGUAGAUGGAACUGGGAAAUUUAGCACCAUCACAGAAGCCAUCGACUUUGCUCCAAAUAACAGCAGGGAUAGAACAGUGAUCCGUGUCAAAGAAGGGAUUUACAAGGAAAAUGUGGUAAUCCAAAGCUAUAAGAUCAACAUUGUGAUGCUUGGCGAUGGAAGUGAUGUCACUGUCAUAACUGGUAACAGAAGCGUAGGUGAUGGAUGCACCACUUUCAAUUCUGCAACUCUAGCGGUUUCUGGUGAAGGAUUUCUGGCACGUGAUAUAGCUUUUAACAACAGCGCAGGGCUAGAGAAGCAGCAAGCAGUGGCCUUGAGGGUAAAUGCAGACUUAACUGCUUUUUACAGAUGUGCAAUUCAUGGUUACCAAGACACUUUAUUCGUUCACUCCUUUAGACAAUUCUAUAGAGAGUGUGACAUUUAUGGGACCAUAGAUUUCAUAUUUGGAAAUGCAGCAGUGGUUCUACAAGGAUGUAACAUUGUAUCCAAAAAACCACUGCCUGGCCAAUACACUGUUAUCACUGCACAAUCCAGAGAUAGCCCAAAUGAGAACACUGGCAUCUCAAUCCAAUACUACUCAAUCAAAGCUAACUUUGAUGACUCUAGUGUGAAGAGCUACCUUGGGAGGCCAUGGAGGAUAUAUUCUCGCACCGUUUACCUUGAGUCCUACAUUGAUGACUUCAUUGACCCAAAGGGUUGGACAAAGUGGUCUAAUGAGCAAGGAUUGGACACCUUGUAUUACGGAGAGUUUGACAAUUAUGGACUCGGUUCCAGCACUGAUAACCGUGUACAAUGGUCUGGGUACCAUGCAAUGGAUCAUGAUGAUGCCUUUAAUUUCACAGUUUUAGAGUUCAUUAAUGAUGGACAUGAUUGGCUUGAAUCUACUUUGUUUCCUUUUGUUGAAGGGAUUUGUGUUUGGAACGUUGCAUUCACGUUCCACGUUUUUUUUAUAUUUUAUUAUUUUGGAAAAUUUAGUUAUUUCUGAAACUAGUUCAUUUUUCAUCCACAUUCAAUCCAUAUUUUUGCAAAUAUAUUUGCAACCACCUUCAGUAACAAAUCACGUACCCAUCCUUUAUCUCACGUUCUGAUAAUAAAGUUGAGUUCUGUGAUGGACAGACUCUAUAAAUAGGAUGAGGUGCUCUCAGUUUUGU